GCGGUCUCUGUCACCCCGCGCGUCCCCGCCGCCGCGCUCCCGCUUCCCCGCGACCCCUGAGCUCCUGCGUGCCCGCUUGCCUGUCCCUUGCCGCUGUCGCCGCCACUGCCGGGCCAUGGCGACCUGCUUUUUGCUGCGGAGCUUCUGGGCCGCACGUCCGGCGUUGCCAACUCCGGGCCACCGUCUCCGCCUCUGUCCCGUAGGAGCCCAGCAGCGGCGCAGCUACGCCCGGGGCCCCGCUGGCCUCCCCGCCGACCUACUCCGUGGGGACAGCUUUGUGGGCGGUCGCUGGCUCCCAGCCCCCGCCACCUUCCCCGUGCACGACCCCGCCAGUGGCGCCACUCUGGGCACCGUCGCCGACUGCGGGGUGCCAGAGGCCCGCGCUGCCGUGCGCACCGCCUACCAUGCCUUCUGCAGCUGGAAAGGGGUCUCGGUCAAGGAGAGGAGUUCUUUACUCCGUAAAUGGUACGACCUAAUGAUGCAAAAUAAGGACGACCUGGCCAAGAUCAUAACGGCAGAGAGUGGAAAGCCACUAAAAGAGGCCCAGGGAGAAAUUCUAUAUUCAGCCCUUUUCUUAGAAUGGUUCUCAGAGGAAGCUCGCCGUGUUUACGGAGACAUCAUCUAUACCUCUGCCAAAGAUAAGCGGGGCCUGGUCCUCAAGCAGCCCAUUGGUGUGGCGGCAAUCAUCACGCCGUGGAAUUUUCCUAGUGCCAUGAUCACCCGGAAAGUGGGGGCCGCCCUAGCAGCUGGCUGCACCGUGGUGGUGAAACCUGCUGAAGACACACCCUAUUCUGCCCUGGCCCUGGCUCAGCUUGCGAACCAGGCGGGAAUCCCUCCAGGUGUCUAUAAUGUCGUUCCCUGCUCUAGAACCAAGGCCAAGGAGGUGGGAGAGGCACUGUGUACGGAUCCACUGGUGGCCAAAAUUUCCUUUACUGGUUCAACAGCCACAGGAAAGGUCCUGCUACACCAUGCAGCAAAUUCCGUGAAGCGUGUCUCCAUGGAGCUGGGCGGCCUUGCCCCAUUCAUUGUCUUUGACAGUGCCAACGUGGACCAGGCUGUCGCGGGGGCAAUGGCAUCUAAGUUUAGAAAUACUGGGCAGACUUGUGUCUGCUCAAAUAGAUUCUUGGUCCAACGGGGUAUCCACGAUUCCUUUGUAAAGAAGUUUGCAGAAGCAAUGCAGAACAGCCUGCGAGUAGGUAACGGGUUCGAGGAGGGCACAACUCAAGGGCCGUUAAUUAACGAGAAAGCGGUAGAAAAGGUAGAGAAGCAUGUGAGUGACGCAGUCGCCAAAGGGGCAGCAGUUGUGAUGGGCGGGAAGCGACACCAACGUGGAGGGAAUUUCUUUGAGCCCACCCUGCUCAGCAAUGUCACCACGGACAUGCUGUGCGUCACUGAGGAGACCUUUGGACCCCUGGCGCCGGUUGUCAAGUUUGAUAAAGAGGAAGAGGCCGUUGCCAUCGCAAAUGCAGCUGAUGUGGGGUUAGCAGGUUACUUUUACUCUCAGGACCCGGCGCAGAUCUGGAGAGUGGCGGAGCAGCUGGAGGUGGGCAUGGUCGGCGUGAAUGAAGGACUCAUCUCUUCAGUGGAGUGUCCCUUUGGUGGGGUGAAGCAGUCUGGCCUUGGGAGAGAAGGGUCCAAGUAUGGCAUUGACGAGUAUUUAGAGGUCAAGUAUGUGUGUUACGGAGGCUUAUAGGGUUCUUCACUUCUUUAAGAAAGAAAACUGCUCAGAUCAGUAGGGACAUGCCACCCAUUUCUUAAAAUGAACAA